AAAACCCUAAUUUCGAUUCCCGACCCCUCUUCCCUAAUCCUUUCGACUGAGAAAACCUCAAAUCCAGCCCUUCGUUAGUCCGAGUCUUCAAUUCUUCUCCGUCUCCGUUCCCGGUGGUCGGCGAUCAAGGACGACCGAGCAUUAGCACCUCUUGCUCCCUUCCACUUCUCUCUUUCUCUUCCGAUCGGUUGUUGAAAAUCCAAUCGCCGGCGAUUGUAGCAGCUGGAGGGCAAUUGCAGCAACCAAAUCAGCCGCCACUAGAUUUGAAGAAGAUAAAAUAAAAAUGAAGAAGUAUGGUUUGCAGCUUAGAGUUCCGCCAUCACAGCAGAAGAGGCAGCCAAUAAGACCUACCAUCCCCCCUCCUGGAUUCCAUGAUGAUGAUGAAGACGAUGUUGAAAAGGAGAUUGCUCGGCAUGCUGCCAAGAACAAGUCACUCAAGGAUAUUGAAGAGCAGCACAAGAAAGCCUUGGAGGAGGACCCCUCAAUCUUUGACUAUGAUGGUGUAUAUGAUUCAAUGAAAGAGAAGAUUGCCCGCCCUGUUGCACAAGAUCGCCAGGAGAGAAAGCCAAAAUAUAUUCAUACAUUGAUAGAGAAAGCUAAAGAACGAGAACGGGUACAUGAGAUAGUAUAUGAGAAGAAACUUGUAAAGGAGAGAAGCAAAGAAGACCACCUUUAUGCGGGCAAGGAUAAGUUUGUGACCAGUGCUUAUAAAAAGAAACUUGCAGAACAGGCAAAAUGGUUGGAGGAAGAACGGUUGCGUGAACUUCGUGAAGAAAAAGAGGAUGUUACGAAGAAGAGUGAUAUUAGUGACUUCUACUUCAACCUCUCAAAGAAUGUGGCUUUUGGUGGUGGCAAAACUGCUGAAUCUAAGGAGGCAGAGAAGCAGGAAGAAAAUACAAGUGGGUACACUGCAGAGAAAGAUGACCUUACAAUGCCAAAGCCGCCUUCAAUCAAUGACAAGGAGGCAGAGCAGGAUCAAGUUGACACUUCUUCCCUUUCUGAGAAAAGGUUGGAACCUUUGGAUGGGAAGCCAGGGCCUGAUGAUACGUCCCCACAGGACAAUAUUGCAGCUGAAAAGCCAUUGUCUGAUCAAGCAAACCAGGAUCAUCAUAAAAGAACUGAGGAUGCACUUGCAGCUGCAAAAGAACGCUUUUUGGCUCGCAAGAAAGUGAAACUGCAGUAGUUAAAAAAGCAUGUGUUUCUUUUAAACCCGCCGCCGUCCCUGACCAUUUGACGAUCAGGUUAUUUGUACAUUACUGUUAGACCAAAGCACGCCCCUUGAACCUACACUACUUGUAACCAUAAUAAUAUGAUUAAUAUCAAUAGCAAGAAUAUUACAGAAGAAAAA